CUACGCUGGAUGCUCACGACAUUGCAUAAGUAGAGGAUAUGGAAGUAAAGUGAAAUAUACGAUCGAGGUGGUAAACGUCUGUUUCAUAGAAAGUGUGUUCAUGGCGGAGAUAUAUAAACCACAAGUAGGAAUUACAAACACACAAAGCCUUCCGAUUCUGUGAGAGCCAUCAUGAAGGCAUUGAGUGUCAUCAGCGUUUGCUUUUGCUUGGCUCUAGCCGCAGACUCCGAAAAGAAGGAGGUAACGCAGGAGAGCAAAAAACAAGAGAAACGUGGCCUAUACGGCCUAGGCGACCACGGAGGAGGUGGUGGUUACGAUUUUGGGGGUCACGAUUUUGGAGGCGGUGAUUAUGGUGGUCAUGGCGGCCAUGAACACCAUGAACACGUCAAAACCAUAGUCGUUGAAAAAAAGAUCCCCACUCCUUACGAAGUAAUCAAGCAUGUGCCUUAUACGGUAGAAAAGAAAGUACCUUACGAGGUUAAGGUACCGGUACCGCAACCCUACACUGUCUACAAAAAGGUACCAGUGCAUGUCAAGGAAAUCAUUAAAGUACCUGUGGUUAUUCCACAACCUUACGAAGUUAUCAAAAAGGUACCUUACGAAGUAAAAGUACCGGUACCACGACCGUACGAAGUUAAAGUACAUGUACCUCAACCUUACACUGUAGAAAAGAAAAUUCCAGUACCAGUCAAAGUACCAAUUCCACAACCUUACACAGUAAUCAAGAAGGUGCCUUAUCCAGUUAAAGUAGAAGUACCAUAUCCUCAACCUUACACCGUUGAAAAGAAAGUACCAUACGAAGUUAAAAUUCCCAUUGACAGGCCUUAUCCGGUACAUGUACCAAAACCAUACCCAGUCACAGUGGAGAAACACGUUCCAUAUCCUGUAGACAAGCCAGUACCUUACGAAGUCAAAGUACCAAUCGAUAAACCAUACCCCGUUCAUGUACCUAAACCUGUACCUUACCCAGUCAAAGUACCAGUACCUCAACCUUACACCGUAGAGAGGAAAGUACCGUAUGAAGUAGAGAAACCUGUUCCAGUGCCAGUUAAGGUACAUGUCGACAAACCUUACCCAGUCAUCAAAGAAGUACCUUAUCCAGUAGAAAAAGAGGUACCAUACCCCGUAAAGGUACCAGUAGCUGUUCCCGUCCACAUUCCUCACCACCACGAAGAAGUCCAUGGCGGUGGUGAUUAUGGAGGUGGAGAUUAUGGUGGCGGCGAUUACGGUGGACAUGGGUACCACUAAAUAGAAUUGUUAUACAUACCAUUAUACCUUGUUCAAUUAAUAUGUAAUGCGUCCCAAAAUUUUGUCCUAGUCUUCUGCGAUAUAUUGGUUUAACAUUAAUUAAAUAUAUUUACAUAUUACAUGAAUAAGGUAUAAUUGUUAAAUCUUUUGUUAUCACAAGAUUGCCACAUGCUUGUUAUGCGCUGUUUUAAAAACAAAAAGAAAUACUCCAUUUCGUCAUUUUAUACUUUUACAUCUUAAUUUCCUUAAAACCAGGAAGCGUACAGUAUUAUUACUUAGAAACUGUGUUAAUUAGUAUAUUUAUCUAUG